AUGGCUGGGUCAAGCAGAGGAAGAGGACGUGCUGCGUUUACCUUCAACAUUGAGGCAAUUGGCUUUGCUAAAGGUGCAGCUCUCCCUGAUGUCAUCUGCAAGCCCCCACCACCGUUUCCUAGUACAGACAAUAAGCCAGUGCCUCUGAAAACAGGAGAAGAUGAAGAUUACAUGUUGGCCUUAAAACAAGAUCUUAGAGGAACUAUGAAAAAAAUGCCAUAUUUUUUGACAGUAGAAGAAGAUCAUGAAGCAAUUGAGAGAUACAGUAAAAAGUACCAAGACAGUGAGAAGGAGCAUGCAGCAUGGACCCCAGAUUGGAGAAGACUCCCAAGAGAAAUGAAGCCAAAGAAAAAGACCAAAAAAGCUUUCUUCUGCAGAAUUGUGAACCAGAUCCUUCAACAGCAGUUGGAGCUGCCUAAAAGUAAUCUGGAUGUGUUGAAAAAAAUUGAGGAGUUGGAAAAGAAGGAUGACGAAGAAGAAAAAUCUGAAGAUGAGAAAGACAAAACAAAAGACAAAGAAGGUGAAGAUGACGAAGAAGCAGAAGAGCCAGAGGAAUAUGAUGAAGAGGAGCAUGAGGAGGAAAAUGACUACAUUUCUUCAUAUUUUGAAGAUGGAGAUGACUUUGGUGCUGGCAGUGAUGACAACAUGGAUGAAGCAACAUACUAG